AUGCCAAAAUGUGCCCUGGUGACACUCAGAUAUGGGCCCUACAGGAGCUGCGGUGUGGUUGAACAUAGGACCUUCCGGCUGGAGGGUUUGCAAACUGUGUUGAAAGCAGACGGGCAUAGUAUAAUCCUUGAAGAAAUACCAGAUUGGAAUGAAGUGCAACUCAUAGUAAAUGGAGAGACUGUCUUUCAGUGCAACAUCAACCACUUGGAUUUUGGAGGCGAAGGUAUAUUGGACCCACUGUGUCAAGAAGCCAGAGUAGCAGUCUUAGAUGCCUACUGAAUAAGAGUCCUGGUCCCUUGUAUCCUGGUCUACAAAAUACCAA